AUGGUAAAUCUAGAUAUUGCCAAAGCUUAUGACUCCACAUGGAGACAUAACAUUCUAGUAAAACUCAAUAAAAUAGUAAGCAAAGGAAAAUUUCUUAACUUAAUUAGCAAUUUUCUAGAAAACCGUACAUUUAGGGUUAGAGCAAAUAAUUGCCUAUCCGCGGAUGAGUUUAUUCAAGAAAAUGGCGUUCCUCAAGGCUCUGCUCUGUCAGUUUCCCUCUUCCUGAUUGCUAUCAAUGACAUUACCAAAAACUGUACGCAUCCUGUUAAAUUCAACUUAUACGCGGAUGAUUUCAACUUCUGGUGCAGAAGUAAAUCCAAAAACACAGUUCAGAAUCUACUUCAAACUACCGYAAAUAAUUUAGAAAAUUGGGCAAAACAAACUGGGUUCCAAUUUUCUCCAGAAAAAUCUAGCUUUGAAGUUCCACAUCGAAACUCUGUAAAAAUACUUGGUGUUAUCUUUGACAGACGGUUAUCUUGGUCCCCUUACAUUAAACAUUUAAAAGCCUCCACCGGUCAUUCUGUUAAAAUUAUAAAAAUUCUUUCUCACACCUCAUGGGGUGGGGAAACAAACACUCUAAUUAAAAUUCAUAAAGUUUUAAUCCAAUCAAAACUUAACUAUGGUUCAUCCCUUUACAGAACAGCAUCCAAAUCCCUCCUAAACUGGCUAGAURGUGUUAAUAACUGUGGUUUGAGACUGGMUUUAGGAGUGUUUCGCAGUUGUCCUGUCUACAGUAUUUAUAAUCUCGCUGGUGAACUCAUUCCCGAUAUAAAAAGGCUUGAAUUACAUCUUAAAUAUUUAGCAAGAUCUUCAAAAUCAAAUAACACCAUUCACGAAAAAAACAACCCCCUAUUCAUAAAAGAGAUGAAUGACACAAACAUUGAUAUAACGCAAAUAAUUAUAACCAAAGAAAAAAUUACACAACCCCCUUGGGCCAGCUCAUAUACAAUUAAUACAGAACUCAGCUGUCUUUACAAACAUCAAACCUCGCCAAAUAGUUUCAAACAUUUCUUUAAAAGCAUUAUAAGUAACUACAAAGACUUCCAGGGAGUAUACACUGACGGGUCAAAAACUCACGAAGGUGUAGGAUUCUCGAUUAUAUUCCCAAAUAAAAAAAUUAUACACAAACUACCUCCGGUUUGUUCCAUAUUCACAGCAGAAGCUAUAGCCAUCCUUAUGGCUAUUGAAACUAUAUUACAAGAAGCUCAUUCGAAAUUCAUCAUUCUCAGCGAUUCAUUGAGCACUAUAAGAAGUCUGCAGAACCUUUUCAAUCCCGGUGAUAUUGCAUCCAAAAUUCUGAACAACCUCAACCUAGCUUCCAGUCUGGGUAAAAAUAUCGUCAUCAUGUGGAUACCUGGACACUCGGGUAUAAUABGCAAUGAAAUAGCCGAUGAACACGCCGCAAUUGCCAUCAACAACAAAGAAACCRUCUUAAUUAAUAAAAUGUCAUACGACGACGCGAAAAAUCUCAUAAAUGAACUUGAAUGGCAUGCAAUUCGGACAUACCAUAGACCUUACACUAAUUUAUGGAGCAUGUGUGUGGCCAGUGGAGUUGAGUGGUUUGCAGGUUACGGCAAACCGCAUUACAGAGUGAUUAUGAUCAUAAAAAGGGAUUCUGGUGGUGUUCAAAAGGAACAAUAG